CUUCAGUCAUGUGGGGCUCGGCUCUUGUCACCUCGAACCUUGGGUCACACAGCCUGCCAGUGCCUGCCCUGCGAGGAGCUAAGAGCAGAGAGCCAGCAUGGGCUCAGUGACCCGGGUGCUGAGAGCCCUCUUCCUUCUACUGGAUGUUGGAGGAGCUCAAGUGUCGGCAACAGGCAAGCCUGCUGGGACUGAAAUAGAUAUCAAAUACGCCAUCAUCGGGACAGCUCUGGGUGUCGCCAUAUCGGCCGGCUUCCUGGCCCUGAAGAUCUGCAUGAUCAAAAAGCACUUGUUUGAUAAUGAUUCCUCAGACCUAAGAAGCACAAACCAGGGAUUCAGUGAUACCAUCGCUCUAAGGAAGAAAGCCCCAAGGUUAAACCUCAACUUCUCCGAAAGAUGUUUCUUUUCCCUUCCAGAGAGGCACAAGUGAUUGAACUCUAAGUGAGUGGCUGAUUCAGGAGGGAUUCGGCAGUCUAGAAAACUGCCCACUGCAGUUUUGGCGAUGUUUCGAAUUUGAGUGUCCAAAGCUGGAGAUGGACCUUCACAUGGAACUCAAUGUCCGGGGCAAAUAGAAUAAACAGGAUCUACAGUGCCUCUGUCUUGAAAGAAAAUAUCGCUUCUCUUCUGCAAGAAGCUGGCUGUGUAGAGGGAGGCAUGUGCACUUUAUCCAGGAGUAGGAAAGUAUGGAAGCCAAUAAAUCCUCACUGCCUAGCCUGGUCCCCCAUCUUAGAGCUCUUCAUGCUUUUAUGAUGGCAUUGUAGGACAUGUCAAUGGAACCUACCCACAGCAAAUGGCUCAUGGAAUAAGAACCAAACUUAAGACACAGACUCUUUAGCACCACCAUUAUCAACAGGUAAGCAGCAUUUUCCAGAACUGUUUGCCUCACCUUCUUAGCUGCCAGAAGAAUCCCCCUGUGAACAUUCAGAGGCACUGAACAUGGAGACCAUGGGGAAAUCUCCAUUCCUGUAAAUGAAAGACUGAUCUUCCAAACGAAGAAAUGGCAGGUCAUACUGGAGUGGUAAGAAGGGGUCUGAUGGCCAUGGACUGGACCUGCAGCUCUGCAGCUCUUCAAAUGAUGGUGCCAACAAAGGAUUAAAUGAGAAAGCAGAUGCUGUGCCUUAUAGAGUUAUACAAAUCUCAGCCAUUAAUGUUAUGCUUAUAGAAUUAUUCUGUGGUUAUUAUUACAACGUGCACACCUUGUGAUGGAGGACACAACUGGUAGGGGCUUAGUAAACCCACAUCUUUUUAUUAUUCCUGUAAACCUAAGGUUCUGUGACACAGCUCCCAUUAACAUUUUUCUCUCCUGUAAUAUUAACCCUAUAUUUGUGGGGCUGCAUUAUGGAGUACACAUUGCUUUUCCAUUCAACAGAAAUCCAGGUGGUUGUAUAGACUGGUUUGCCUUGGGCUAGGUUACUCUCCUUGUGUGUGAUGAAAGAUGAGCUACAUUUCAAAACAAAGUGCUGUGUCAUAAUAAUUCACCUGGAUUCCCAGGGCAUCUUUUCUCUGGCUUGAUAACAACGUAGUUCAUUAGCAGCCUUUGUUGACUGAUAACCUAAAGCUGUAAUGUGAUACUCAUAAGCAAUUUUCUGUGUGUAAAAUAGAAUAAAUCAUUG